AUGUAUUUUGACAAUGAACGCCUUGAUUUGUAUGCGAAAGUUUUUAAGGAGUUUUAUGAGCUGUGCAACAACGAAAAACAAGAUGCAUAUUAUUUGUGUGGAUUGAUACGGCAAAAUUCAGUUCAAAGGCGUCGAUCUGCCAGUGGAAAUGAGCUAUCGUUCGGUUCACCUAGAUCAGAUACUUGCCAGACGUGUCAGAUUCAUCAACAAACAAAUGCAGCAUCUGAAUCAGAAGAAGAACACUCAAAGUUGCCCAAGACCUUCAUAAACAGAAGGCUAAAGCGUUUUAUGAAGAUUUACGUGAAAAAAGCGCUUUGUGCUUGGUUCAUUUGGAUGGUAAUUGUUGUAGCAAUGUUUUCUUGUGCUAUCGCAAUGGUAAUUGUAUUCUACAGAGAUUUUUCAAGCAAUCCGAUUCGAAUGAAUAUCGAAAGCGAUCAUACUCCAUUGACAAAUUUAAUAUUUCCAGCUGUCACUCUUUGUCCACCAACUAUGUACAAUCUACCAGCAGUUAAGGAAAUUUUUCAAAACUUAACUAUGCCGAAAAAUGUGAGCCAGGAUGAAGCCAUAAACGCUCUUAACCAACUUUAUGCUCUGGUGGGAAUUGUAAGGGUAUUCGACCAAAAGAAACUCGACAUCUUACAACGCACAGCCAGUGGCAAUAAUUUGACAACGUUAGAAUUCCUUCAACUAAUUCGCUGGAAUUGUUCAGACCUAAUGUACCGCUGUCGGUUUCAAUCAAAAAUAAUGCCAUGCAGUGAGUUAUUCUAUCCUGGAAAAACUUUUACUGGAUAUUGCUGUUCAUUUAAUUUCAAGGACUAUGGCGUGAAAUAUCAAAGACGACGGGCUUUGAAAUUUGGCCCAGAAGGGGGUCUAUCAGUAAUUAUGAAAGACACAAAACGAAAUCAAAAGGAUCUCGAUCAAUUUCUUUCCUCGGAAGUUGAGCUUUUCGUCCAUCAAAACGAAGAUUUUCCCCAUAGAACCUUGAUAUCGAAUUCCAUUCCAGUUAAUCGAGAGACCUUUGCUGUGAUUCGACCUACCGAAAUAGUCUGUUCGGAGAGCUUUAAAGCUCUGGCUGUUCAAGAUCGACAGUGUCUACUCAAUCACGAACAUAAUAUGCGUUAUUUUUCAAUCUACAACAGUGAUAAUUGUGAAUUUGAAUGUCGGGUUUUGAAAACUUUUGACUCUUGUGGAUGCGUUCCGUUUUUGUACUAUUCCAAAAAGUCACGAGCAAAAGUUUGUGAUUUUACAAGUUUGCCAUGCUUGUACAAAUCCUAUAAUUAUUUUGGUAUUUAUAUUGAAGAUGAAGAUAGUCAAAUUGAUAGGAACAAGACAAUCGAAACUACUAGCGUUUGUUACUGUCCAAAUAGUUGCGAGAAUGUGGAAUAUGAUGUUAAGAUUACUCAAGCCCGGUUGCAGACUGUAAUAGAGUCGUUUGAUUCAUUUUACCAUGGAAUUCAAGAUAAUUUUACAGUUGUUCAUGUAUUUAUGAACUCUCAAGUUUACCGACGGUUACGCAGAGACACCCUGUCAGACAUUAUUAUUUUAAUAAGUAACCUUGGAAGUUCUUUUAGUCUUUUUGUUGGAAUGAGUAUGAUAUCUUUGUUGGAAAUUUUGUAUUUUUUUACUUUGGUCCUUUUGCAAAAUUACAUGCGGCAAGAUCGAUUCAAUCAAAGAAAUGAAAACGUUAACAAAAUUUGAAUUUAAAAAUGAUUUUCUAAAUGUUUUUGUAAUUGGAAAAUUGCUUCGGUUCUUCUUUUUUGUGAACUAAACGUGCCUAAGAAGUUAUUGUAAUUAUUAAAUACGCUUGAAAAGUAAAACAUAACCUUAAAAAUUGAUGAAACUAAGAUAUGUGUAAAGUUUUUAUUUAUAAUGGUGACAAUUUAACAAAAGAUAAACUUAGUA